AGGUGCAAACAUAAGCAAAUAUGAGCCAUUGUGGGCUCGCCAUCCUGGGCAAAGAGCAGGCGCCGGGUCCCUCCCCGGGCUGUGCACGGUUGGGUCGUUGCUGGCCGGAACACCGAGGACCCUGCUCUGGGCAGAGACCAGGUAAGGCUGGCCAUCGGCGGCUCCCACAAGGUGACUUUUCUGGGCUUUGGUCUUGAAGAGAUUGUGAAAGGCAGGAUGGAGGGGAACCGUCUGCGGGGACGGCGGGAGGGCUGGCGGGGAGCUCAGACGGUGGGAUUCAGUGCAGAGGGAACUGGCCGUGCCCAACACCUUGAGUUGGGAAGGGCUGGAAGGCUGGCUUGGGGGCGGCAGAAAUCGGGGCCUUCAAGAAUUCUUUAGUUUCGACUCCCAUCCUGGGGCCUGUCCCUGCCAAUGGGUGGAGGAAGAAUUGGAAACCAGGCUCUGGAAGUGCCUGGAAAACCGUCUGUGUCUGCCUCGGAAGCCUUCGUGGGGGGAUUCUGGGGCACUUUUCUAUCCUCGAGGGCCCCCGGGGUCACACCAUCGGCCUGGAGCCCCUUCCCCAGUCUGUCCCUCGGGGCCGUCCGCCUCUGAACUGGCCCGGGUAUUUUAGGGGCUGGAAAAUCGGCCUGCUGGGGGCUUCCCUGUCUCCCCACUCUAAACUGAGGGCCGGAGCCCUGGGGAGGCACAGUCGGCGCCCAGUGGGGUGGGGCAGGGCAGAAGCCGGCAGCAGAGCUCUGGCUUCCCGGAGCAACAGCUCAGCAAGCCCUGGGACCGUCCCCGGAGGGUGGCUUUUCUUAGCGAGCUCCUCCAUCCUUUCCUUCACUGGGUAGGUGAGCAGAAAUCCUUAUUUAUCAUGGCGCCUGCGUGCCAGAUCCACAGCUAAAUUCUAGGGGAGCGCAAGCUUCCUCAUCCGACAGGGCGCCCCUCUGGGCCAGCCCGGCCCCUCUGAGCUGCCCUCUCCUCCCUGAAAAGAGGAGGCAGCAGGCCUUUACCACCAUCUUGGGGCUGCUGCCUGACUCACCCACACCUUCCCCGGCAGCCCUUGUGACACCCCCAGUCCUCCCCUGCGCUCCGGGCAGAAGCUGGCAGGCUGGGCCUCCCCUCCCCCGCCUGGUGGAGACCCUUUGUUGGGUGUCCCGGCUGACUUCAGACCAGACUUAAAAGGGCAGAAAAAGGGCAGAAACGGAGACCAGAAGUCCCGAGUGCAACCCAGAUCUGCUGCCAAGUCCCUGGGAGCCGUCCCGAGAGCGGGGAGCGGCCGACCGGUACCAUGGCUGCCCCUCUGUCAAAUGGGGCCGUGAUGACGUCUUACCCUUUCUGCUUCCCAGGACUGGCUGCCCUAAGGACGAGGCCUGAGCCUUCUGUGAAGGCAGGGCGGCCCGCCUCACUGGACCUUUCCCUCAGUUACAUUUCAGGAGAAGACCAAAGCCAUGGCUCUGAGCGGCGCCUUCAGGGCGGUGGGCAAUGACCCCGGAGUCAUCGUUUGGAGAAUAGAGAAAAUGGAGCUGGUGCUGGUGCCCCUGAGCUUCCACGGCCAUUUCUACGAGGGAGACUGUUACGUGGUCCUCUCGACCCGCAGCUCUGGAAGCCUCCUGUCCCAGGACAUCCACUACUGGAUCGGAAAGGACUCCUCCCAAGACGAGCAGAGCUGCGCCGCCAUCUACACCACCCAACUGGACGACUACCUGGGGGGCAGCCCCGUGCAGCACCGCGAGGUUCAGCAUCAUGAAUCGGACACCUUCCGGGGCUACUUCAAACAGGGCAUCAUCUACAAGAAGGGAGGGGUGGCCUCUGGGAUGAGCCACGUGGAGCCCAACGCCUACCGCGUGAAGCGUCUCCUGCACGUGAAAGGGAAGAGGCGCGUAGCGGCCACCGAGGUGGACCUGACCUGGGACAGUUUUAAUCUGGGUGAUGUCUUCCUGCUGGACCUCGGGAGAGUCAUCAUCCAGUGGAACGGCCCCGAGAGCAACACUGGAGAGCGGCUGAAGGCCAUGCUCCUGGCCAAGGAUAUUCGGGACCGAGAGCGUGGGGGGCGCGCAGAAAUCGGCGUGAUUGAGGGAGACGACGAGGCGGCCAGCGCAGAUCUGAUGAAGGUCCUCUUGGAUACACUGGGCGAACGUUCCCAGAUCGUGUCUGCAACCUCCGAUGAGCUCCUAGACCAAGAGCAGAAAUCAAACAUCACGCUCUACCAUGUCUCUGACUUCGCUGGGCAGCUGAAAGUCGCAGAGGUGUCCACAAGGCCCCUGGUCCAAGAUUUACUGAAUCAUGACGAUUGCUACAUCCUGGACCAUGGUGGAAGCAAGAUCUACGUCUGGAAAGGAAGGGGGGCCACCAAGACCGAGAAGCAGACCGCUAUGUCUAAAGCUCUGGGCUUCAUUCAGAUGAAGGGUUACCCAAGCAGCACCAAUGUGGAGACGGUCAACGACGGGGCCGAGUCGGCCAUGUUUAAGCAGCUGUUCCAGAAGUGGACAGUGAAGGACCAGACCUCGGGCUUGGGGAAAAGCUUCAGCAUGAAUAAAAUUGCCAAAGUCAUUCAGGAUAAGUUUGACGUGACUCUGCUUCACACAAAGCCCGAUGUAGCGGCCCAAGAAAGGAUGGUCGAUGAUGGCAGCGGAAACGUCGAGGUCUGGAGAAUCGAAAACCUGGAGCUGGUCCCGGUGGAGGAUCGCUGGCAAGGCUUUUUCUACGGCGGAGACUGCUACCUAGUUCUCUACACGUACCACGUGAACGCGCAGCCCCGCUACAUCCUGUACAUCUGGCAGGGCCGGCACGCUUCCAAGGACGAGCUGGCGGCUUCGGCCUACCAAGCCGUGGAGCUGGACAGACAGUACGGGGGCGCUCCGGUGCAGGUGCUGGUCAGCAUGGGGAAAGAGCCGGGCCACUUCAUGGCCAUCUUCCAAGGAAAGCUGGUCAUUUUUGAGGGUGGCACAUCCAGGAAGGCAAGUGCUGAGCCUGACCCUCCUGUGAGACUCUUCCAGAUCCGAGGGAAUGACAAAUCCAACACCAAAGCUGUGGAGGUACCAGCAUUUGCCUCUUCCCUGAAUUCCAAUGAUGUUUUUCUGCUGCAGACACAAAAUGAGCACUACCUCUGGUAUGGAAAGGGUUCCAGUGGUGAUGAAAGAACAAUGGCAAAGGAGUUAGCCGGAGUGCUUUGUGAUGGCACUGAAGACACCGUGGCUGAAGGACAGGAGCCAGAAGCAUUCUGGGACUCACUAGGAGGGAAAGUCCCUUAUGCCAAUGACAAAAGACUCCAACAGGAAGUUAUCGAUGUCCAGCCCCGGCUCUUUGAGUGUUCCAAUAAGACUGGGAGGUUCGUUGUCACUGAGAUCAUAGAUUUCACACAGGAUGACCUGAACCCAGGUGAUGUGAUGCUCCUGGAUACCUGGGACCAGGAAGGCACGUCCUACGAGCAGCUGAAGGAGGAGCUGGGAGACCCUGCCGAAAUCGUGAAGAUCGCUGCUGACAUGCACAGGGCUCCCCUCUUACUGAGCGCUGCUGAUGGUGAGCAAAAAUAUUACCCUCUGGAAGUCCUACUGAAAAAUCAGGACCAGGAGCUGCCGGAGGAUGUAGACCCUGCCAAAAAGGAGAAUUACCUCUCUGAUGAAGACUUUGUGGCUGUAUUUGGCAUCACGAGAGAGAAAUUUGCUGCUUUGCCUGUCUGGAAACAGCUCAACCUAAAGAAAGAAAAGGGGCUUUUUUAAAGAAUGGAAGCAAAUGUCUAUUUUUAGGUAAUACUAGAGAAUAGACAGUGCCAAUUAUGAGGGAAGAAUUGAAAUCCCUAGCACAAUGUACUUGGUUACUUAUAGAAGCAAAAGAGUUUGCAAAGUGCAUGUUACCUACAGUGAAUAUUCUUGCCAAUAUUUAGUUGUUUAAAUAUGUUUAACUAUCCAUUCUGAUUUCUGUUUUGCACGAAUUUAGAGAUGAAAAAUAAAAACAUAUAUAGUUCAUGCAACAAACUAUUCAAUCCUAAAAAGUUAUAAUGAAGAAAGUGCUUUAAUUUUGGUGUUUGGACAUGAGGUUUAGAUAUCGAGAUCAUUAAUGCCAAAAAUAAAAAUAAAAUACUUAAUCUACAAGUCACUGAAGUCUGCAAGCAAUUUUCAUACACCUCCUGGGUAAGUCCCAGACAUCUUUUUAAAUUAAAGCCAUGAGAUGAGGGAAUGAUAGCAUUUUGUGUUUGCUCAUAUAACAAAUAAAGCAUAUACUUCACCUCUG